AUGCUACCAUAUCUACCAAAUCCUGGGUAAUCAUAGCAAUAGCUGAACGUGUUAAACAAUCAAUCAUAGGGGAAUUCAGCUCAAAAGAUGAAAAACAAUGCAGAGAACCCUAUAACAGUAGAUGAUGAUGAACCAGCAUAACCUACUAAGAAAUGUUACAACGUUCAGUGUAAGAAUGUUGGGGACAAGAAAAUCAAAUCCAAGAGGCAUGAUAUAUUAUUCUUUUGUGACAAAUGUUCUAAAUUAUAUAAUAAAGGAAAUUUUUGUGAUUUUUGCGAACAAGUUUACGGCUCUUACGAUGACGAGGCUGGCUGGGUUUAAUGCGAUCAAUGCUAAAAAUGGAAUCACAUUGCCUGCGAAUAAAAAUAUAGAAAUUAAAAUAUUGAAAAUGAACCAGAAACCACUCCAUAUCAUUGUUUAACUUGUUCCAAGAACAUCAAGAAAACUAAACCAGUGAAGAAACAAGAAGAGCAGCAGCCUCCUUAGAAGUAGCGUCCCAUUACUGAACAAGACGAUGCUAGAAAUAGAGAAAAGAACAUUACCUUUGUGGCCACGAAGGACAACAAAAUACAAUACACCUAUCGAUUAAACUUGUUAGAAGAGGAAAUCAAAGUAGAUUUGGAUCUCCUUCGAAAUUCGAUUAAAAAGGCUAAGAAAUUAUAAAUGCAAUCUCCGCCUCAAAUAUUCCAAUAGCACAUAACUUCUUCUCAAUAAUAAAGUCAACAAUCGCAACAACAACAAGAAGUUUAAGAGCAAUCUUCAUUGGGUAGUCGAAGUUUGAGGAGAAGAAUAAAUUAGAAAUUGAAUUACAGAGAUCUGGUUGGGGAAUAUUGA